AUGCCGGCUGCUACCACCGAUCAACCGCCGACGGUUGCGCUCUCCUUCGCCAACAACUUCUGGGGCAAGGAUGACGCCGGCGUGGCCCCCCUCUUCGAGCGCAUGCAUAAUGCGAAGAUAACCUGCGAUGAGCUUCGCGCGUUCUAUGCCGCUCGCGCUUCCAUCGAAGAUGAAUACGCCCGCAAGCUUCUGUCGCUCUGCAAGAAGUCGCUGGGGUCCCACGAGAUGGGCACCCUCAAGCAGUCGCUCGACGUCGUGCGCGCCGAGGUUGAGUCUAUGGCUAGGCAGCACCAGAAUGUGGCAGCCCAGAUGAAGAGCGAGCUCGAAGAGCCGCUGGCUGCCUUUGCCGGUGCCAUGAAGGAGCGCCGCAAGAUCGUGCAGAACACGAUCGAGAAGUUGCUUAAGACUAAGAUUCAGCAGACUCAGUUGGUCAACAAGACACGAGACCGGUACGAGCAGGAGUGUCUGAAGAUCAAGGGCUACCUCGCCCAGGGCCACAUGGUCAUGGGCCAGGAGGAGCGCAAGAACAAGGCCAAGCUGGAGAAGACCCAGAUCAGCCUGGCUCAGUCGAAUGCCGAGUAUGAGGCGGCUGUUAAAGCACUGGAGGAGACCACAGCCCGCUGGAAUCGUGAGUGGAAGGCCGCCGCGGAUAAGUUCCAAGAUCUGGAAGAGGAGCGCCUCGACUUCACCAAGAGCAGCUUGUGGACGUUUGCCAAUAUCUCAUCCACUGUGUGUGUUAGCGACGAUGCCUCGUGCGAGAAGAUCCGCCUGUCCCUCGAGAAGAUGGAAGUGGAGAAGGACAUUGAGCUUUUCAUCAGGGAGAAGGGCACCGGUCAGGAGAUCCCUGAGCCGCCCAAGUACAUUAACUUUUGCCGUGGUGACCUAGACUCGCAGUCCGAAGCAUCAGAAGACGACCCAGGCUACACGGUUGCCCAGUUCCCUCGAAGUAUAAAUCCAGCCUUUCGAUCGUCAUCACCACAGCCGUCGAUGUUCGAGUCGCACCAUGAUCCCGACUCGCAGCUAGCACGCGAUCUCAGGCACGGUCCCCCAGCCAACGACAACAUUGACAUGCCUCCAGUCAGCCAGCCUGCCCCGGCACCCCAGCAGAAGCAGCUAAAGGCACCACCACAGCAGCCACAGCUGCCAGCGCCGGAAACUAAUGGUAAUAAUAAUAAUAAUAAAAAUAAUAAUAAUACUACUACUACAGCUGUUACCGCGGCUGCUGCGCGGAGGAGAGAACCGCCGAGGGGCUAUCAACCACCAAAGGCAGCCAGUUUGGAGUAUGACCCAUCCGAAUAUCCCCCCGUUCCCCACGAUCCCUACCCCAUGGACGGCAUGACCAUGCUCUGCCGGCCUACGGCCUCAGAGCUGAGCACUGCGCCGUCAACCUCGUCUGCGUCUGCCCGGCCUGUUAGUAGAGAAUCACGCAGCGAAACGACGUUCUCGAGCCAGGAGCCACAACAACAACAACAACAACAACAACAACAGCAGCAGCAGCAGCAGCAGCAAGUGCAAGAUCAGCCCUUCCCACCACAAGCACAAGCACAACCACAACCACAACCACAACCACAGUCGCAGCCGCAGCCGCCACAGACGCAGACCCAGGCCCAGCCAGAGCGCGCAGUUGAAGCAGCCACCUCCUCGUCGCCAGACAAGAAAGUGCUCAAGAAGAAGAGUGGCUUCUUCCAGAACCACAGCCCCUUCCGGCGUAAGAGCAUGAAGGAGGUGGCGGCUGCCAACCGCAACACCUGGGCGCCGUCCAGCAGCACCAGCAGCGUCAGCGGCGGUGCCCGGCCUACCCUGCCCCAGCUCGCUGCCGCACCGAAGGACAAUGCUAACGUUAACAGCACCUCGAGCAGCAACAACAGCAACCAACUCAUCGCCCCCGAUCGCAGCGUCAGCCCGGAGCCCUUGCCGACCAACACCAGCCUCGCGCUCAACAUCGGCAAUAAUGUCUUCCCCGUUGAGACGCCUGACCGCCAGAUGCAGCAGGCCCCAGCACCCGACACACCGGAGGACGAUCCGAUCGCCAUGGCACUCGCUGAACUUAAGGGAGUCACCGCGGGGGCUAGGCAGAACGGUGGUGCUGGUGGCCCCCCUGGCAUGCGCAUGUCGGCUGACCAUUACCACGGCAUCGCGACGCCUGCACCGCCUGGCGCUAAUCCUAACUCGCGGCCUAACACGGCUGGUAACGGAGGUGCGACUGGGAAUGGUACCAGCGGAACGAGCACCAGCCUUGUCAUGCGUAACACGCCGCCGCCGUCCUACGAUAAUUCUGGUCAGGUUGGCCAACAGCCGCAGAACGUCCAACCGAUCGUGCCUGUCUCUCGCCUCGGCGUGCCCCCUCCAGCUGUGACAUCCAAGGCAAUGAAAGAAGCAUCCCAGCGCUUCCAGCAGCAGACACGCAACCUGUUCUCCGACCGUCCGAGCUCAGGAAGUGGGAACAACUUUAGCGCCAGCACCGGCAGCAACAGCCGGGGUGAUGGAAGCCCCAUGUCCCGCCCUGGCACGCGUGGCGGUCUGGCGAGCAGCACAAGCAGCUACGGCAGUCGUGACGGUAACGACGGUGCUGUCGUGCCAAGGUCUGCCUCUCCCGGCCCGCAUUAUGGCUCUUCCUAUCACCGGAGCGCGUCACCCCGCCCCGGAUCGCGCGCUGGACCUGGGUAUACACAGCAGGGUCAGCAAGGCCAAAGCAACGGCCGCAUCUCGCCCUCCCCAUACUCCGCCGGUGGCGGCGGUGGAGUCCGCGGCUCGAUGACUCAGUUAGCCAUGACACACCAGCCUAGCAAGCGCGGAUCCAUGGACCCGUACUAUAGCCCGUCCCCGACAAGCCAAUCUUAUGGUAGGGGCAAUUCCCCCUCGGUCGACAUGGGCAACCCGCGCUCCGUCUCCCCCGCCUUCUCCUAUCGCAGCACGGGCGACGGCCGCCCCGGCAGCAGCAUGGACUCCUACCACCAAAUGCAGCUUGCGCCGGUGAGUGCGGUGGGUGGGCCGAGUAUGGAUGACCCCGGAUAUCAUAGCGGGAGCUCGAUGAGGGGACGGCAUCAGAGGAGUCAUACGGCCAGCGGGAGGGAGAUCAGUUUUGGAAAUGGGGGCGGCAGCGUGAGGGGACAGAUGAGCUUGUAUGAGGGGGCUGGGGCGGUGCAGGUUGCAGGUGCCGGGGGGAUGAGUAGGUCGAGGAGUAGGAGCGUCGUGGGAGCGGGGUUUGCGAGGGAUGGGAGGGUUAUUUUGCAUUAUGCGCGUGCGUUGUAUGCUUACCAGGCCGCCAUCCCCGAAGAGCUUGGCUUUGCAAAGGGCGAUAUCCUCGCCAUCUUGCGGCAUCAGGAUGAUGGUUGGUGGGAGGCCUUUGUGCAGGGCGGUAAUGGCCAGACGGGUCUCGUGCCGAGUAACUACCUGCAGCCUAUUUGA